AUGGGGCCCCAGGUAGUUAUUGGUAAGUCUAUCUACUGGUGUGCUGUAGAUUGUACAACUGUGGAUAGUGUGUUUAAAACUCGUAAUCUGAUUAUGUCAUUUGAUAUAACUAAUGAGAAGUUUGAAGUAGUAGUCCUCCCCGAAAGGAUGGCUAUCAUCACUUUCUCCCUACUUUCUGUAUCUAAGCUAAGGGAGUCUCUUGUUAUACUUGAAGACAAUAAAUGCGGAUACAAUACAACCAAUGAGGAGCAAGUUUGUUGUACUGUAUGGAUGAUGGAGCAGGGUGUAGAAACAUCGUUUACAAAGCUAUUCAGUAUCAAGGCACCAGGUCAAUUGAUGAGGGUAGUAGGUUUUAGGAGGAGGGGCGGACCUAUUAUGGAAGUCCAAGAUUAUGCCUUUGAAUCAACUGAGGAGCUUGUUGUUUAUGAGCCUAACUCAGAACUAAGCAAUCAUCUCAUUAGUGGGUCUUCAUUCACAGUGAAUUCCUACAUUGAAACACUAGUUUUGCUCGGUAGCUCUGAUUGUAGUAGCUAUUGA